CCGCUUGUGCUGUUUACAAGGAUGGCGGCCCGCGCAGCCCGCUAAAGAAAACGCAGCUUCAAAGUGGAUUUUCUUGCUCAGCCUCGCGGAUGACAAAGUAUCCGAGCCAGGACCGGCCGGACGGCGCUGGGCUUUUCCCGACAAAUGCACCUUAUGCAACGCUUGAGGCUUGAGCACCUCCAACAGUCUUCUCGCGUCGAGCGAGCUGCGCAGUCACUCGUCGCUUUGAUUUGCGAGGGAUACGAAACACCAUGAGCGCAUCGGUCCUCUUUUCUCGGCGUGGAUGUUUGUUUUGUGGCGGACGCCCUCUUUUUGCAAGGAAGCACGCGAACACCAUACAGGAGAGCCCGAGCCAAGAUUCCAACCCGGAACCUCUCGACUGUUAGGCAGACGUGCUAACCACUAACCCACCGUGAGGGUGAGAGCGUGAGAGAACGUGAACGAUUUGGCCUUUGUUCGGCCACUGGCGCGCCCUCGUUUUGUGUGUCGGCGCACUCAGAUGAGGUCAGCACGGAUGAGAAUCCAGAAAGGGCCUGGAUGGGAAAGAGCGUGACUAUGGACAACCUUUCGGACUUCGGAGGCCCCUGUCCUUCCAGCCGCAGAGACUGGGAUUCCAGCAGCUGCAUGGAUGAUUUGAUGGACGAAGAUGAGAAAGACAGGGCAAAAAGGGCAUCGCGGAACAAAUCAGAAAAGAAAAGAAGAGACCAGUUCAAUGUGCUCAUCAAAGAGCUCUGCACCAUGCUGCAAGGCCAAGGCCAUCCUCGCAAGAUGGACAAGUCCACCAUACUACAAAAAACGAUUGACUUCUUACAGAAACAAAAAGACAUCAGUGCGCAGAACGAAACGUGUGACGUGAGACAAGACUGGAAGCCUUCGUUCCUCAGCAACGAGGAGUUCACCCAGCUCAUGCUCGAGGCACUGGAUGGUUUCUUAGUAGUGUUAACUACAGAUGGAAACAUCAUCUACGUGUCGGACAGUGUGUCUUCACUUAUUGGACAUUUGCCGUCAGAUAUGGUGGAGCAAAACAUCUUAAAUUUCCUCCCGGAGCGGGAACACGGAGAGGUGUAUAAGCUGCUAUCAUCUCAUAUGCUGAUGACUGACCCCGUUGCUGCUGACCUCCUGGCCCGUGAGGCACAUGUGGAAUUUUGCUGUCACCUCGCCAGAGCCAACAUGCACCCAAAAGAGCCGCCAGUGUAUGAGUAUGUCAAGUUUGUCGGAGAUUUCAAGUUUCACAACAAUGUGCCUACAUCCUCUUGUAAUGGGGUUGAAUUGACGUUACCGAGAAGUCUGCAGUCGUCACUGGAGGAGCAGGUCUGCCUCAUUGCUACUGUACGAUUAGUCACGCCGCAGUUUCUAAAGGAUUUGUGUAAUGUGGAUGAUCCUUGUGAUGAAUUCACAUCUAGGCACAGCCUCGAAUGGAAGUUUCUGUUUUUAGAUCACAGAGCUUCUCCAAUCAUAGGAUAUUUACCCUUCGAAGUGCUUGGAACAUCUGGCUAUGAUUACUAUCAUGUGGACGACUUGGAACUUAUAGCUCAAUGUCAUAAGCAAUUGAUGCAGUUUGGAAAGGGCAAAUCCUGCUAUUAUCGCUUUCUGACGAAGGGUCAGCAAUGGAUUUGGUUGCGGACGCACUACUACAUUACUUAUCACCAGUGGAACUCCAAACCCGAGUUCAUCGUGUGUACUCACACUGUUGUCAGUUAUGCUGAAGUACGAGCUGAAAGGAGGCGAGCAUUUGGCCUUGAGGAGCAGUCUCCUCCUGAGAUCGCUCCCUCGUCUGUAAAGGCCCAAGAGCUGUACUUGGACAUGUGCUCCACAAUGGACCCGCCACGGGACAGAAACAGCGGCGCACGUUCGGUAUCCUCCCACAGCUCUCGGAAGUCCUCCCACGCAGCCUUGUCAGACUCCGCAUCGGCAAACUCGUACACCGAGACGUGCACGCCGUCGUGGCAGUCGGCUUCUAUCGGGACCGAGAGGACGCCUGCCAGACUCCAAGUUGGGAGCUCAAAGAAUUCGAUCCAAAGACAAAAUUCCUUUGACCUGGUGCCCCAAAUGAGCCUCCCCCUUUCUCCUCCAUGCAGCAAGAACACAGCGAUGCAACAGCAAACGCAGCAGCAGUCGUCCAUGUUUGAGCUGCAGCAGCCUCAGAUGGGUGUCGUGAACCAGCUGAAGGAGCAACUGGAGGAGAGGACGCGCAUCCUGCAGGCCGACAUAAAGACGCAGCAGCAGGAGCUGCACGACAUCAAGGAGAAGCUUCACCUCGCUAAUCUGCAGAUGUUGCUACAACAGCCUGUCCGCAAAGAAUUUGGCCAGCAGCCACAGCAGCAGGGCCCGGGCAGGCCGGCCUCACAGAGCCAGUCGGGGGUCAUCAGGCAGCUCUCAGGCCACCCGAAACCAACCUCCUGUGGGGCCCACAGCUCGUCCCCUCACUCGCUUCUGAGAGAGAACAGCUCCCCCUCGACACAGGGGCCACAGAGGAUCUCUCGGGGUGGCCAGGUGCAGUCAGUGAGUUUGCCUGUGCAGACCAACACCAGUCUGACCAUGCCCUUCUACAGCAACCCCAUGAUGUUCUCUCAGACCAACACGAGGCCUCUACAUGACACAAACCAAAGACACACGGACAACGACCUUAGCCAAGAUGGACAACUACGGAUGCUCCUGAACCAGCAAAUGCAGACACUGGUCCCCACGAGCAGUGGGUCCACGCAGGCCUCCCAGCAGUGCAACAUGGGCAUUCCCCAGACCAUAUACACGUUGGAGCAGCAGAUCAUCGCACCCUCGUUCCCCAUGCAACAGGUCAACUGCAACGCCGUGCUCGUGCCCUCUCAGGUGUUCACGUCGCCCAUCAUGAUCCCACACAACAGCUUCAUCUCCCACCAGUCGCAGCAAAGCUACCAGGCUCAGCCUCCGGCCUCCCAGCACUCCCUGCAGCUGCAACAGCCGCAGCAGUUCUUUCAGAUGACUCAAGGACUUGUUCACAGCGGAUCGACUCCAACAUUCUUACACACCGCCAACAUCCCGCAGCAAGGCACUGUGGGAUACAUCCAGCAGCAGCAGCAGCAGCAGCAGCAGCCGGCGCCGCAAACACAACAGCAACAACCGCAACAAAGACAAUACCAACAUUCCCAAAACCAGACUGCCAAUGUUUCAGACUUUAGGAACAUGCUAACACGGUAGCACUGUGGAACGUGCAAGAGCGCCGAGCGCGGCGGCAGGUCGUUGCCGUUGGGAGUCAAACUCAGCCCGGAGUCGGAGAAAACCGGCCACAGCGGCCUGAACAUUUGAUGUGAAGCCGCUCGCCCCACGGGCAAGCGCCGGAAUAAAACGGUGGCGGGACGCGGACCUGAGGAAUGUGAUGAUGAGAGGCGGGGCCUUUCUUCACCAGCCUGCGACACGCUCAGUUGUCAUUGCAACAAGUGGAUUUAUCACCGCUGUCACGAGGACGCCACUUUCAUUUCGCAAGUGGCUCUUUGCACUUUUGGCGCCACGCCCCACCCAGAGUAGGAUACAGUAUUUAUUUUUGCCUAUACAUUUAAUAUUAAAUGUUCCCUCUAACCAGUGGCUUCACAGUGAGAUUAUUUUCCCGACAACCCCCUUCAGCGAAAUCCAGAGCGUCACUUUUAAUAUUCCAUUUCGAUGAGUUGGAUGUCAAACCCCAGUGCAAACAUCCCUCUGGGAUUUAUUUGAACAAAGAAGGGCUUCCUUAACAAGCCGUCUCUGGACGAGACACCUCUGAAGACCCCUGCAGCGCCACUGCUCACUUCUUAAACAGCCGAAUGGAGGAGGGUGGCUUGUCGAAUGUGCCUUUUAACCAUGCUACGAGUACCAUGGUGCAGUUCCAAUGUUACGUCUCACUACGGCUUUAAAAAGAUCCUGCUCAGGUCCAUUUGGAAAACAAAGUUUCUUUUCAUUGAACGUAAUUUAUAUAUUUUCCCCACAUUAGAUUGAAAAUAAUAUACAUUUAGAUUUCUAUUGGAGAUUAUCUAUAUAUCAGAUGCCUUUUGCAACCUUAACUUGCCCCCAAGCAAUUAGAACAUUCGCAGCAAUGGCAUUAUCAUUAUUUUAUUACAUAAUUUAUUUGCUGAAUUUCAUUUAUUGUAAAACAACCGGCAUGGCAUGGCAUAAAAGAAAGCAGUUUUAUACGUUGAGAUUAUGAUUCACUUUACCACUGGUCUUAAAGUCUUACCCCCACUUUACUGCGUUGAAUCCCUAAAAGCCACAAACAUUAAGAGAUUAGCAGGCUGAUGUGUGGUCGAAAAACAUCUGCUUCUUCACUUUAAGUAGUUGUGACAUGUAUGCUGCAACAUUAUGUGUAGAUUUGACUUUGAAGCCAAGCUCUGACAUUUCGUAAUUAUGGAAAAUAUACAAGCGUAUGUUUAUAAAUUGUAUUUUUCACUCCAAUCAAAUAGGAUAACAAACAUUACAAAAGGUGUGCCUUUACAAAGAUAAUCAUGCUGUAUUACUUACUGUAGUUCAAUGAAGACUAAAUUAUUUAUAGAUGUGAAUAUGACUGUGAAUGGUUACCCUGCAAUUGGCUGGCGACCAUUCCAGGGUGUACCCCGCAUCUCCCCCAAAGUCAGCCGAGACCGAAUGAGGACGUUUGAAAAUGGAUGGAUGGACAUUAAAUGUCGUGUACUUGUUUACCAAUGUGUGUGUAAACUAGUUAAGGGUUACAGAAGUGAUUGCAAAAUUCCAAUAAACUUCAAAGUUGGAAAAUUGCAGAUGGAAUUCUUAUGGGAAUUUAACUGGAAAUGUCCGGUUUGUCUAUAACAUCGUACCAAAGUGUAUUUUCAUACCAACACAGCCGCACAAUUGUAACGCAAUUAGGGAAUCUGUUUAUUUAAUAUCAAUGAUAAAGUAGAGCUAUUAUUUACGAUUAAGUAAAAGUUCCAUGAUUGAAUAUUUGCCAAGCUAAACUGCCCAUGAAAGGAAAUUUACUGACAAUUCCCAAACCCAAACAUUAAACAAUAGUGCAACAUCCUGUUAAAAGAAAACACUUCACCCAAAAUAAAAAAUGAAAAAAGCACGGAAUAAGAUCUUUGUAAAGGCACAAUGUUUGCUACAACUCCUGUGUUUGGAUCUAAUUAUAUUGUGCAAGUGUAACUAAUUAGUCAUAAGUGGGGGGAAAAAGAAUGUACAAAUUACAUGCAACAGGCUGGUGAGUGUACAUGCACGAUGUUGGCGCCUCAAAGUAUUUGAAGAAGCUGGAGAUAUGAAGAGCUGCUAAUGACCCGAAAAUCAAACAAACAGUCAUUUCUCUCAGUCAUUUGUUGUUGAAGGAAAUCUCGUCAUUGCAGCACGCUCAGUUUUUACUCCGAAGAUAAAUGAUUUCAAUUUGAGAACAACACAGACUCGGGAGUAAAGUUAGGACUUUUUCUGCAAGUGGGUGAGUGCCACAGAAGACGAAAACAGGCCCAGUAGCUCCUCUUUGACCAUGUGCAAUGUCCAUUUGAGAAUGUUAAUUUAUGCUGUAUAUUUACAAGGUUUCACUACAGAUGUGUAGAGAUAUGUAUAUUACGCCACUAACGGUACUGUGUGAAUUAUAUUUUUUUAGUUCACCUGACAUUCCUUCAGGCAGAGAACACAAUUAUUCCAGUCACAAUGAUUGCAGCUCCAAUACUUUGUAAUGUGGCGCAGCCUCGUUUUUUGUUUUGUUUUGUUUUGUUUUUUUACCCCCCAUAUGGGAGACAGUCACUGAUAAGAAAACUAAAGUUCACCAGAUGAAUUUAAUCCAUCAAUUCUUAUGUUGUUGGUUGACCCAUCGCUUUCUGGUUUAGAAGCAAAACAGUGCCAUGCUAUAAAGAGGCACAUUUAUUCAAAUAAUAAGAAUGACAUUUACUAUCAAGCUGCUGCUCAUCCAUGAUGAAGAAGCAGGCGAUGGCGAGUUGGACCUUAAACCCGGCAGACGGGUUCUGCACAUGUGGCACCUUUCAAUCCAAAUAUUUUUUGCCUCGCGUCGAUGCGCAGCUCACUUUUGACGGACUCGUGCAAGAGUCGACGCAGUGCAGUUAAACCUCUUAACGAAUCUGCGUAAUGAAACAAAACCACCCUUGUCCACCUGAUGUGUGGAUGCAAACUUGCGAAAUCCUUUAUUGGUUUAGUUCAUGUCGAAAUUUGGCUCAAAGAGGUACGGUUUUCAAAAACCACCACCCCACACUUUCAGCUUCAUGGACUUUUCCCAGGAAGUGUCAAUGUUUUUGAAGGUUUUGUCAAGAUUUUUCCGUUUGUAUGUGAGACAAUGAAGGCCAGAAGCUGAGGAACACUAACCUGCUACACAGCCAUUGCUGCCGUUUCGGUGCAGAAAGCACAGUGAAUAUAUUGUAUAUUAGAAUGUACAAAAACACGAGAUAAUAUAGUUUAUUUUCUAUGUCUAAUAGAAUACAUAUGUAUGUUACAUGAUUUUAAAAUUAAAGUAAUUUUGUAACAGAUAAUGAAGUGUCUUAUUAGUGGCGGUGAGGCUUUGUUGUGUAUGUCACUUGUAUGUAUUUUUCUCCCCCUGUAUUUACCAUUGAAAUAAGCUUUAAAAAUAUUGUUAAUAUUGUUUAAAAGAUAAUAAAUUAAGUUUACAGCCUAAAAUAUCUUGAUAUUAAUUAUGCUAUACUGAAUUAUUUAUAAAUCAACCUGGUUAUUGUGAAAUAAA